AUGCCCCGGCCGGAGCUGCCCCUACCCGAGGGCUGGGAGGAGGCGCGCGACUUCGACGGCAAGGUCUACUACAUAGACCACACGAGCCGCACCACCAGCUGGAUCGACCCGCGAGACAGGUACACCAAACCGCUCACGUUUGCCGACUGCAUUAGUGAUGAGCUGCCGCUGGGAUGGGAAGAGGCGUAUGACCCACAGGUUGGAGACUAUUUCAUCGACCACAACACCAAAACCACUCAGAUUGAGGAUCCUCGAGUGCAGUGGCGGCGGGAGCAGGAGCACAUGCUGAAGGAUUACCUGGUGGUGGCCCAGGAGGCGCUGAGUGCCCAAAAGGAGAUCUACCAAGUGAAGCAGCAGCGCCUGGAGCUGGCUCAGCAGGAGUACCAGCAGCUGCACGCCGUCUGGGAGCACAAACUGGGCUCCCAGGUCAGCUUGGUGUCUGGUUCAUCGUCCAGUUCUAAGUAUGAUCCUGAAAUCCUGAAAGCUGAAAUCGCCACUGCGAAGUCCCGGGUCAACAAGCUGAAGAGAGAGAUGGUUCAUCUCCAGCAGGAGCUACAGUUCAAGGAGCGUGGCUUCCAGACCCUGCAGAAAAUUGAUAAGAAAAUGUCCAAUGCUCAGGGCAGCUUUAAACUGGAUGAAGCUCAGGCCGUCUUACGAGAAACAAAAGCCAUCAAAAAGGCCAUUACCUGUGGAGAAAGGGAAAAGCAAGAUCUCAUUAAGACCCUCGCCAUGCUCAAAGACGGCUUCCACACAGACAGGGGAUCCCACUCAGACCUGUGGUCCAGCAGCAGCUCUCUGGAGAGUUCCAGCUUCCCACUGCCCAAACAGUACUCAGACGUGAGCUCCCAGACGGACAUCUCAGGAAACUUUGGCACCAGCAGCAACAGUCAGUUGGCAGAGAAGGUCAGAUUGCGCCUUCGAUAUGAAGAGGCUAAGAGAAGGAUUGCCAACUUGAAGAUCCAGCUGGCCAAGCUUGACAGUGAGGCUUGGCCUGGAGUGCUGGACUCGGAGCGGGACCGGCUGGUCCUCAUCAAUGAGAAGGAGGAGCUGCUGAAGGAGAUGCGGUUCAUCAGCCCCAGGAAGUGGACGCAGGGCGAGGUGGAGCAGCUGGAGAUGGCGCGGAAACGUCUGGAGAAGGACCUGCAGGCAGCCAGGGACACCCAGAGCAAGGCGCUGACAGAGAGGUUAAAAUUAAACAGUAAGCGGAACCAGCUGGUGAGAGAACUAGAGGAAGCCACUCGGCAAGUAGCAAGUCUGCACUCCCAGCUGAAAAGCCUUUCCAGCAGUAUGCAGUCUCUGUCCUCAGGCAGUAGCCCCGGCUCCCUCACGUCCAGCCGGGGCUCCCUGGCUGCCUCCAGCCUGGACUCCUCCACCUCAGCCAGCUUCACAGACCUCUACUACGACCCUUUCGAGCAGCUGGACUCGGAGCUACAGAGCAAGGUGGAGCUUCUCCUGGAGGGAGCCACGGGCUUCCGGCCCUCAGGCUGCAUCACCACCAUCCACGAGGAUGAGGUGGACAAGACCCAGAAGGCAGAGGCAGGCGGCCGCCUGCAGGCCCUGCGCUCGCUGUCUGGCACCCCGAAGUCCAUGACCUCCCUGUCCCCUCGUUCCUCUUUGUCCUCUCCAUCUCCACCCUGCUCCCCUCUCAUCACCGACCCCCUCCUGACUGGAGAGUUCUUCCUGAGCCCGCUGGAUUUUGAAGAACCGGAGCUGAGUGCCACCCUUUGUGAACUGAGCCUUGGCAGCAGCACUGGGGAGAGGUACCAGCUGGAGGAGCCAGGAACAGACGGCAAACAGCUGGGCCAAGCUGUGAACAUGGCCCCGCGGAGUGGUCUCAAAGUGGCCUGUGUCUCGGCUGCAGUGUCGGACGAGUCGGUAGCCGGGGACAGUGGUGUGUAUGAGGCUUCAGUACAGAGACUGGGAACUUCUGAAGUGGCUGCUUUCUUCGAAAGUGACGAAUCUGAGGCAAUGGGUGCAACCCGAGUUCAGAUUGCUAUGAAGUAUGAUGAGAAGAAUAAGCAAUUUGCAAUAUUAAUCAUCCAGCUGAGUAACCUCUCCGCUCUGUUGCUGCAACAAGAGCAGAAAGUGAACAUACGUGUUGCUAUCCUUCCCUGCUCUGAAAGCACAACCUGCCUGUUCCGGACAAGGCCUCUGGAUGCCUCGGACACCCUCGUGUUCAAUGAGGUGUUCUGGGUGUCUGUGUCCUAUCCAGCCCUUCACCAGAAGACCUUAAGAGUUGAUGUCUGUACUACUGACAGGAGCCACCUGGAGGACUGCCUGGGGGGCGCUCAGAUCAGCCUCGCUGAGGUCUGCCGCUCUGGGGAGCAGUCAAUUCGCUGGUACAACCUCCUGAGUUACAAAUACUUGAAGAAACAAACUAGAGAGCCCAAACCAGCAGGAGCCACUGGGCCCUCGCCAGGACCUGAAAGCACGGAUGCUGUGUCUGCUCUGUUGGAACAGACAGCAGUGGAGCUGGAAAAAAGGCAGGAAGAAAGAAGCAGCACACGGACCCUGGAAGACACCUGGAGGUAUGAUGAGGAAACCAGCGAGAAUGAGGCAGCCCCAGAGGAGGAGGAGGGAGUAGGAGAGGAAGAUGUGUUCGCUGAGAAGCCCUCACUGGAUGUGGACCCGUGCCUGGAAGCAGUAAAGGUGGACAAAGAAACCAACACAGAGACCCCAGUCCCAUCUCCCACCGUGGUGCGGCCAAAGGACCGGCGAGUAGGCACCCCAUCCCCAGGGCCAUUUCUUCGAGGGAGUACCAUUAUCCGUUCUAAGACCUUCUCCCCUGGACCCCAGAGCCAGUAUGUGUGCCGGCUGAACCGGAGUGAUAGUGACAGCUCAACUCUGUCCAAAAAACCACCAUUCGUGCGGAACUCUCUAGAACGGCGCAGCGUCCGGAUGAAGCGGGUGAGUAAGCCCUCACAGCCUUCAUCAGUCAAAUCCCUGCGUGCAGAGCGUAUGAUCCGCACCUCGCUGGACCUCGAGCUUGACCUGCAGGCCACAAGGACCUGGCAUAGCCAGCUGACUCAGGAGAUCUCAGUGCUAAAGGAGCUCAAGGAGCAGCUUGAACAAGCCAAGAGCCAUGGAGAGAAAGAGCUGCCACAGGGGUUACGUGAGGACGAGCGCUUCCGCUUGCUGCUGAGGAUGCUAGAGAAGAGGAUGGACCAAGCCGAGCACAAGGGAGAACUUCAGACAGACAAGAUGAUGAGGGCGGCUGCCAAAGACGUCCACAGGCUUCGAGGUCAAAGCUGUAAGGAGCCUCCAGAAGUGCAGUCUUUCAGGGAGAAGAUGGCAUUUUUCACUCGGCCUCGACUGAAUAUCUCAGCGCUGUCUGCAGAUGACGUCUAA